AUGGACGUCCUCAGCGUCGUGUCUGAUGACAGCGAACCUACACCAGAGACGGGCAACUCGGGCUUCGGCCCUCCGCGCCGCCGAUCCGCCUCAGAGCGCAGGUCAGCACCGCCGCAAGACUCGUUGAGGUGCAGGGUACCGAAGCCAUCGCCGGCAGCACCACCGCAGGAGAGCGAGGUUGCGCCGCCAGACGAAGCACCCAUCGAAGGAGGCGACGACGCAUCUCCAGGAGGGGAUUCUUUUCCAGAAGGCGAUGGCCGCUCAACAGCGGCUGAUCGUGGAAGUACCAUCGUAGGAGAGCGGUCGGCUCCGCCGCGGACGGAGGUCCAAGAACAAGAGAUUACUCAUGUGUACAAGUUGUGCGACGAUGUGCCUGAGCAGGUCCUGUCGGUCUUCAGGCGCAUGAUGACCUCACAGAUUGACCCAGUCCCAGGUCAGGACUACAUUGUCAGGAGGAUGCGGUUCAAGGUGCCCUACAACCUCCAGGUGAAGGUGGACUAUGUUUCCAGGGACGGCAUGGCAGAGCCCGUGGACUAG